GCCCCAGGGUGCAGAGCUCUCCAUCGAGGACCAUGGCGAGGCUGAGCUGGGGAUACGGCGAGCACAACGGCCCCAUUCACUGGAACGAAUUUUUCCCUAUUGCUGAUGGUGACCAGCAGUCUCCGAUUGAGAUUAAAACCAAAGAAGUGAAAUAUGACUCCUCACUCCGACCUCUCAGUAUCAAGUACGAUCCUACCUCAGCUAAAAUCAUCAGCAAUAGUGGUCAUUCCUUCAGUGUUGACUUCGAUGACUCAGAGGACAAAUCAGUUCUGCGUGGAGGACCUCUCACUGGAAGCUACAGGUUGCGGCAGUUUCACCUGCACUGGGGUUCAGCAGAUGACCACGGCUCCGAGCACAUGGUAGAUGGAGUGAGAUACGCAGCAGAGCUCCAUGUUGUCCACUGGAAUUCAGACAAAUACCCCAGCUUUGUAGAGGCAGCUCAUGAGUCGGAUGGGCUAGCUGUCCUGGGAGUAUUUCUACAGAUUGGGGAACACAAUCCCCAACUACAAAAGAUCACUGACAUUUUGGAUUCCAUUAAGGAAAAGGGUAAACAAACUCGAUUCACAAAUUUUGAUCCACUGUGCCUGCUUCCAUCAUCCUGGGACUACUGGACAUACCCUGGUUCUCUGACAGUUCCACCUCUCCUUGAGAGUGUCACAUGGAUUGUUUUAAAACAACCUAUAAAUAUCAGCUCUCAACAGCUCGCCAGAUUCCGUAGCCUCCUGUGCACAGCUGAGGGGGAGGCAGCAGUUUUUCUGUUAAGCAAUCAUCGUCCACCACAGCCCUUGAAGGGCCGCAGAGUGAGAGCAUCUUUCUAUUAACAGCCGCCAUUGGGUCAACCCAGCUAGGAGCACCGAGGCGGCGAACAAAAGAGAACUCAGACACUC